AUGUCUUUCCCCCUCUUUGACUACUCAGACUCAGACAUCACGCUUCGUGCUACUCCUGGUGGACAGCCAGCCCAGAAACUCUCCGAAGCCAUCGAUUUUCGCGUCCAUCGCUGGAUACUAUCCCUCUCCUCGACCUUUUUCGAAGGACUACUCUCCAUUCCACAACCGCCUUCCCCUAUCGACCACGGCACUCCAGUCAUCCCAUUCACCGAGAGUCCAACUACCCUUUCCGCUCUCCUAUCGUACAUAUAUCCGGUCCGUGAACCCACGUUCGCGAGCCUCGACGAGCUCGUUCCCGUGCUCGAGGCGGUGCACAAGUACGACGUAACCGUCGCCAUCAUCAGACUUCGAGCCGCCCUCGUUUCCCCCGAUUUCCUCGCUCAAAGCCCUCUUCGCGUCUACGGCAUCGCGAGUCACUACGAGCUCCACGAAGAGGCCAAGGUCGCGUCAACAGCAACACUCGCCAUGGGGCUGAACACCCAGCCCCUUCACGAGGACCUGAAGACGACGACAGCGUACGCGUACCACGCGCUCCUCCUGCUUCACCAGCGGCGCGCGGCAGCGGCGAUAGCCUUGCUCGUGCUGCCAGACGAGAUCCGGUGCAUGCACUGCAGCCAGCGCAACCAUGACGUGCCGCCGCGAUGGUGGGCGCCGUUCCGAGCGGCCGCGGUGGAAGAGCUGCGGGCCCGUCCGGUGUCGGCCGUGGUGGUCUCGAUGUCGUUCUUGCAGCGCGCUGCUCAGAAGGCGGGCUGCGAGCGCUGUGCGGCGUCCAUCCUGGCGUCCGCGUGGUGGUUCGAGCAGCUGGCGCAGCGGAUCGACGCGCUCCCGGCGACGGUGUGA